AUGUCCUUCGAUUUGGAGCAAAGACAAACUGCAGCACUGCAGGAAAUGCUGCAGCUGCGAAAACCCCAAAACAGUGCCUUUGGGGGCCCCAGGGGGCCCCUCUCGGGGGCCCCCCAGCAGCCCGGGGGGGGCCCCUGGAAGGUGCUGAUUUUCGACGAGGCUGCAAAGGAUAUCCUGGCUCCCCUGAUGACGGUCGCCAAGAGUUUAGGGCCCCGUGUUCACCGCGCGGCAUUGGCCUCCAGCCGCGGCCACGGCGGCGCGCGCGGCCGCGCGCAGGGCUUCGGUCCCCUUCUUUUGUUGCCUCCCUGUAUCGCUUCCUUCACGCACUCAAACCAGCAGCAGCAGCAGCAGCAGCAGCAGCAGCAGCAGCAGCAGCAGCAGCAGCAGCAGCAGCAAGGGGUUUCCGCGUCUGCAGGAGUGCUCCCGACGGUUAGCUGCCCCUCAAGUGUCUCCUCGCCUGCUCGCAGCGUCGCUCAGAGACUCCAGGAGAAAAUAGAUGCUCUUCCCCCAAAAGCCUUUUCGGAAAUCUUCGGCUCUGCUGCCACAGCUGUGACGAGGCCCCUUCUAGUCCUUAUUGACAGAGAGUUCGACCUCUUGACGAUGCUGCAGCACACGUGGCUCUACGGGGCCCUCAUCCAUGACUUGCUGAAGCUCAGACUCAACAGAGUCACUGUGACAACUCCAGGCGAAGGGGGAGCGGCCCCGACGACGAAGGUCUUUGACCUCGAGAAGCGGGACUUGUUCUGGAGAGACCACGCGUUUUCGCCUUUUCCCGGUUUUGCAGGCGCUGGGGACUUUUCUUCGGAGAUUCUGAAAGCCGUGGAUGUUCUCCCGGAUUUGGCGGAUAAGAAAAGAUCUCUCGACGCCCACACGACAAUUGCCACAGCUCUUGUUUCUGCAAUUAAAGAAAGAGCCCUCGAUAGGUCCUAA